AUGGAACCAACACAAAUCAAGGUGGUCUUUUUUGAUCUGGAUGGCACGCUUUUCGACCACUACCACUCGCUACGCCUUGCGAUAUCUGCCAUGCAGAGAAAGUAUACCGGCCUCGCGGGAAUCAAUGUUGAAGAAUUGAUUAACCAGUACAACCUUGCUCUUCAAGAAUCCUAUGAUGCUUACCUGGAUAAGGUAAUUACAUAUGAAGAGGCCGAUAUCCAGAAGAUUUACCUCUUUUUUACAUCGCUUGGCUUGCCCGAACCCAGUCUAGACCAAGUUCAAGAGUUCCGCGACGCGUAUAAGGCAGUUUACCGGGAGAACCGGAGAGCAACGCCAGGAACUAUUGAGGCUCUAGCCCGACUGCGUGAACACGGAUAUCGCAUUGCCAUCAUCACCAACGGGCAGAUCAAAGACCAGGCGGCCAAGGCCAAGGCCAUAGGCAUACUACAUCUAAUCGAUCGCAUUAUUACUUCUGAAGAAACUGGUUAUCGAAAGCCUGAUCGCCGCAUCUUCCAAUAUGCUAUCAAACAGCUUAACGCUUCUCUCGACACAUAUAUGAUAGGUGACUCCGCCGACUCAGAUAUUAAGGGUGCCUUGGACGCGCAGUUAGCCGCUAUCCUAUAUUCCCCUACCGCCCGGAAUACCCAAAGCCUUUUAUUUGGGCAGCAAAUACCAGUCAUCCGCCACUUAGCUCAGCUACUCGAUUAUUUUAAUAUUCCCAGCCAUCAGUUCAAGCCGCGCUUUACCUCCGCUCUAGGACAAUUAGUGAUCGAGGGCAUCGGCAUUGACUUGGUCACGGAACGACGGCACCAGGCCAUGUUCCACAUAGAGAGUAUGAUUCGAGCGAUUUCAAAGGCGGCAGGCCCCAUUGAUGAGGAAGCAAUCCAGAUUUCAUUCCCAGGCCGAGAGGUGGGUGUGACAAUGACUACAUGUAAUAAGCCCGACUACCACGUCACCGAUAGAGACCACAGCAUGCGCGCAGAGUAUGUGCGGCUUGCUCUGGAUACUGUUCCAGAGAAUGAGGGAGUAUUACGAGAAGUUGCAUCCCUCCUCCAGGGGCACUGUAAUGACCUUAUGAGAGAUUCUCCAAGAGCGGCAAUCCGUCAACUUCGCUGCGUAAUGCUGAUUCUGGCUGAGCAAGCGGUCAUGUCAAUUAGCAAGGAGUUUGGCCUACCGGGAUUGAGAAUAGGGUUUAUUGCCGGCAACAGCGAUGCAAUCAACGUCAUUCGAAUACACAAUUCUACAUUCGCAGUCAUGAUCCCUGAUGUUUGUCAGGCCGCGGCACAGGCUGCCUUGGAAAGUUUUUGCAAGGGAGAUGGGAAGGAAGAUAUCAACGUUCACGUUACGACAAUCUUGAAGAAAACAAAGGAGGGCUGGAGAAGUCUGGGUUGGCCGGAAGAAAAGAUCCAUACUCCAUCCGGCGGCUUCAAAUAUCUAGUCUCCAUACCGCCAGGUGUUCAACCACAGGCCUCUUUUUCAGGAGUAGAGUUACUCGACUUCUACAUCACCAGCCGUGCCAACGUGAAGCUCUCAACAUCGACGUCUCUCAACCCAAAUAACGACAAGUUUCUUAGGAUGGUGUUGAUGAAAAACCCUUCCCAGGUCGAUGAUGUUUUCGAGCGACUACGAUCGGUUGGCGUUAGCUAUGACAUGGUACUUCCGGAGCAUCUUGGAAAGGAGUAUAAGACAUUUCUCUUACACAAUGAGCUCUGGUUGUUGUUUUGCAAGCAGACGUUUAACGCCAAGUUGGUGGUGGUCUAG